AUGAAUACAGUGCUAAGAGUUAUACGAAACUUUCCUGUUAACGAUAGCAAAGUGCACAACGUGACAUGUGAGGGAUGUGGAUCAUCUGAAUUUAAAUGUGAUCGAUAUAAGUGUUUAGAAUGUUCUAGUUAUGAUUUGUGUGCUUAUUGCUUUGAACAACGAAAACAGACAAAAACACACACAAGUGGACAUGCUGUAGUGCAUUACAAAUGUCCUGAUGAACUAUUCGGUGGUCGAUUCAAAAAUGAUAGCGAAGUAACAUUAGAGAACUUAAAAUAUGCCUUUCGCGAUCAAAUACAUGAAACUGUGCCAUGUGAGGGAUGCUUAACAAGUUCAAUAACUGGUUUACGCUUCAAAUGUGAUAUUUGUCCUGAUUACGAUUUAUGCGAACAAUGUGUACAUAAUCGUAUUACAACAAAACAACACAAACUAUACCAUCCAGUAAUUCUGAUUGAAAAACAACAAAUACCAGAAAUAAGCAAAGAUGAUAUCGAGCUUGGAGAGGAACUUGGGCACGGUGCUUUCGGAUGCGUAUUCAAGGGAAGAUGGCUAUCCAGUAAGCGUACUGUAGCCUGUAAAGUUAUUACGAUACCAUCGUCCACACAGUUUUCGGAACGGAAACGAAGUUUUUUCAAAGAACUUGCUGCAUAUACGGAACUAUCAGGUGCUUAUAUUUUAAAAAUCUAUGGUUAUGUUCAUCAACAAGCAGUCCACGGUAAAGGAGAGAAAUAUAUGCUCAUCAUGGAAUAUAUGGCAAAAGGAAGUUUGAGAACAGUGAUCACUGAAGGCGAUAAGAUAUCACUGCGUCGAAAAUUACACAUGGCGUGUAAUGUGGCAAAUGGUAUCAGAAAAAUACAUGAACAUGACAUGAUCCAUCGAGAUAUUCGUCCAGAUAAUAUUCUUGUCGCAGAUGACUAUACGGCUAAAAUAGGAGAUAUGGGUAUUGCUCGUGUGCUGAGUGAAGAUUCAAGGCAUACGAUAGUUGGUCCAGAAUCAUUCAUGCCACGCGAAUUUUAUUCAGGAAUAUAUGACCAAAAAUUGGACAUAUUUACAUUUGGUUUAACAAUGAACUAUCUAUUUUCCGAAACUAUGCAUGAAUAUCAACAGCGAGAAAUCGUAAUUAAAACGCGAAGUCCAAUAUUUUGGGAUCUUAUUAGUCGUUGUAUUCACAUUGACCCCAAACAGCGUCCAACAUCUGCGGAAAUAGUAAAAGCGCUAGAAUUACAUAAUCAAAGUUUCGUUGAAUUGAUAAAUAAGUAUCCAAUAUACAUGAAACUACCACUAAAUGAGAAAGAUGACAUGUUUAUCAAAUUUUAUGAGAAAACUCAUUUACAAGCCACACCGACGCCAAUUAUUGACAGACACAAUUCUUCACCAGAUGUACGAAUCAGAGCAUCAGCAAACGUAAAAACCAGAGCCUCACGCAAACUUAAGAGUAAGGAUUUUUGUAGAAUACAUUGA